AAAAUAGUCAUGGUCACACUCUUUCCCUAUAAAAAUAAUAAAAUAAAUUAAAUUAAGUAAUUGCGGAAUAAAAACGGAGCGUGCGGUCAAUUUGGAGCGCCUGACAGUGACGCACAUGAGCGGUAAAAUGCAGGGACCAGGCAGCACUUGCAACGAAUGGAAAAUGCGAAUUCCGCAACAGAAAACAGCGCCACACAAACUGAAAGUGUAGUGUAGUGUAGUUUAUAGUGACAGUGACGACAGGGGGAGAAUAAAUCUAAUUAUAACAAAAAGAAGACAAAAGUGCAAGCGCAAAGCGAAUCCGAUCUACACACACACGCACGCAUCCACAAACACAUAGAGCGGUUAAUUAGUGGCAGAAAAAUUAACGAUUUUUAGAGGAAAACACACAAAAGCAUAGACAGCAAGGGAGCAGCGGUGGCAGUGGCAGCAGCAGCGGCAGCGGCAGGUAGAAGCAGCGACAGCAGCAGCCUUUGCGUGUGUGGCGCGCAAGGCAUGGGCUGAGAAGAGGUGUGGCAAGGCACCUGCAGCAGCAGCAGGAGGAGGAACACAAAGCAGCAACAUUACCGCACAGCCAGCCAGUGGACGGCUGACGCCUACGUAAUGGCCAGCCAAUUGGAUGCCAAUGUCAAGGACGAUCUGAAAACGCAAUUCGUAACGCGCGAGGGCACCUACCGCCUGCUGACCCUCUCCGAAUACUCGCGCCCCAAUCGUGUCGGCUACAGCAGCAACCAGAGCUCGCCGCAGGUGCGCGUCUCCAUUGUGACACUACCGAAUCCGGCGCAUGGCAGCACCAAUGCCGGCAACAGCAAUAGCAACAACAAUGGCAAUAAGACCAACAACGAGCCGGCUACAGCGAGCGGUGCAUCGCCCACAGCAGCAGCAGCAGCAGCAGCGGCGGCGACAACAACUACAACAACGAGCGGCGGUAAUCGCGGCACGAAUUCGAAUGGUGCCUCAACGGCAACACCUGCAGCAUCCACCAGCACUACCACCACCCCAACAACAAGCACAUCUGGCGGUGGUGGCGGGGGAGGAAACAUCUCCAAUGGCGGUGCUGGCGGAGACAACAACUACAACAACAGCAAUAGCACUGUAGACGCCCGCCUGGGUGGCGGCAUCUCCAUGCACUCGAUGAUGAACGGGGGAAUGGGAGUGACGGACCAGAACGGGAUGGCCACCAGCCAGGUUGUGGGCGGGGAUCGCAUCUGCUUCAACUUUGGCCGCGAUCUCUACGUGUAUUCCUUUCGGGGUGCCAAAAAGGGCACGGAGAUGAGCAAACCGAUCGAUAAGAAGUUCUACAAGGGCACCAAUCCCAGCUGCCACGACUUUAACUCAAACUCGGCCACGCCCACGGGCGCACCGCUACUGGUGGGCUUCACCACGGGCCAAAUUCAAUUGGUAUCCCCGCAGAUGGGGCCACGGGAGCUGCGGAAGCUGUUCAACGAAGAGCGCCUUAUCGACAAGACCAAAGUGACCUGCCUGAAGUGGCUGCCGAAUUCUGCCCAUUUGUUUCUCGCCUCCCACUCCUCGGGCCACUUGUAUCUGUACAACGAGGAGCUGCCGUGCGCGGCGACGGCGCCCAGCUACCAGCCGUUCAAGAUGGGCGACGGCUACACGAUACUCACCUGCAAGUCCAAGUCGACGCGGAAUCCGCUCUACAAGUGGGUCUUCAGCACCGACAACUGCUGCAUCAAUGAGUUCUGCUUCUCGCCGUGCGGCUCCAAUCUGGCUGUCGUCUCGCAGGAUGGCUUCCUGCGUGUCUUUCACUACGACACCAUGGAGCUGCUGGGCAUCGCGCGUUCCUAUUUCGGUGGCUUCCUCUGCGUCUGCUGGUCCCCCGAUGGCAAGUACAUUGUGGUGGGCGGCGAGGAUGACCUCGUGACGGUGUGGUCGCUGCAGGAGCGCCGUGUGGUGGCUCGCGGCCAGGGCCAUCGUUCCUGGGUCUCUGUGGUGGCCUUUGACCCCUACACCACCUCCUACACCAACUGGGAUGGCGGCGACUUCAGCGACGACGAGAACCAACUGAACGAGCAGUACACGGCCUCGCGGGAAGCCCGCUUCUCAGGCGACUCCACGGCGAACGGCGGCUUCGAGGGCUUCGACAGGAAUUCCACGCCCGUGCAUGCCGCGCGGCCUCGGGCCCACUCUGCCUCGUUUCGGUCGGAUGCCUCGUCGGCGGCGCUGGCGCCGGACAAGCUGGCCAUCAGCUAUCGCCUGGGAUCCGUCAGCCAGGACACACAGGUCUGCCUCUGGGACAUCACGGAGGAUGUGCUGCGGCAUCCGCUGGCGCUGAGGCAGCGCGUGAACAGCACGCAGCUGAAUGACACCAGCUUCCUAAACGGCGGCAUCGAUGCGGACGGCAUCAAAGUGAUACGGCCCAUUGCCAUGGGACAUGGAGCUGGCGGCGGCAAUGGUGGAAUCAAUCAUGCGGUGGAAUCGGACAGCUGCAGUCCCACCAGAGAGGCGGCGGGUGGAGCAGCCACCGAGAAUAGCAACAGCAGCUCCAGCAAGUUCUCCACCGCCAACUGCACGAUAUCGUCGCAAUCCUCGAACGCCAAUACCCCGCCCGAGGACUGCGAAACGGAGGCGGCCACACCGGCCUCCACAUCAUCGAAUGCGGCAGCAACUACUGCAGCAGCAACAGCAGCGGCGGCGGCGGCGCCGGUGGCUGCAACAGCAGCAGCAGCAGCACCCUCCACCAAGCAGAACAAUCGGACACAUGGGACAAGCAACUCGAUCAAAUUCCCCAACUGCAUCAGCGCCACAAAGUCGGAUAGCAUCGAUGGGAAUGCGAGCAUCAGCGGAAGCGCCGGCGGUGGCCAACGGACAUCCUAUGCCACGUCCGGGUACAACAGCAAGACUUCCAACAGCUCGACCAAGUCCUCGAACUCGGGCAGCGGCUUCAGCGCCUUCAACAGCCUCACGCAGCGGCUGUCGAACUUGAAUUUCCUGAGCAGCUCUGACAAGAAGUCGUCCGCCGUCGGCCACGAGGGCAGCAACUCGACGGCGCAUCGGCAGCACCGCAAGGCCAUGAGCAUGCUGAAGAGCUACAAUCAACACAACAAUCACAGCAGCAAUAAUCACAGCAACAACAGCAGCUCCUCCAACUUUGGGCACUCCAGCACCCAGGAGUCGGGCGCCGCCAUCGGCAGCAGUUCGACGGCGCACAGCUUUGGAUCGCUAAAGCUGAGCAAAUCGUCCCACAAUGCCUCCUCCCUGGCGACGGCCGCCCAGUCGGCGGCCAGUGUGAGCAGCUUCGAUCCCAUGAAGCUGAUCGGCACGCCCGCCUGUCCGCGCUUCGACGAGUGCCCGCUGCUGGAGCCGCUGGUGUGCAAGAAGAUUGCCCACGAGCGUCUCACGGCGUUAAUAUUUCGCGAGGAUUGCUUUUUGACGGCAUGUCAGGAUGGCUUCAUUUAUACAUGGGCGCGGCCUGGUCAUGCAACACACACCAACCAGCAGCACUUGUCGCCCAGCCAGUCGACGGCACCUGGUGGGACGGUAAUCUAGUAGCUCAAACAGCAAAACUAUCAGCGUAAUCUUGUCAAGGAGCAGAAGAAGCUGGAGGAGGAGCGGAAGUGGAAGUGGAUGCAGCAGGUGGUGCAGUGCAGUUGGUGAUCUAGGAUUAAAACUAGGCGAUUGAUUUCGAUAAUUUAUUGAUAGGAGAAAAGAGUUUUAAAGGUUUUUUAUGUUGCGUAUUUUGUAUUCCAAAUGUAGCCUAAAUGUAGCACCUCCCCCUCCCACACACACACAAACACACACCUUUAAUAUAUAUAUAUGUAUACAUAUAUAUAGCUAUGUAAAACAUAACUACAAUUUAUAUGCGCAACAGAACCACACACACGAGAGAGUGUGUUUUAUGUGGGAGAAGAAGAGAAAACCUAAAUUAUUAGUUGUAAAUGUAUUAUUUUUUUAGUACGUGGAAUUUGUUGAAAACAAAUGCAAAGCAAAAGCAUGUUUAUAACUAUUUACUAAGCGCCUAGCCCUACACACAAACACACACACACAGAGAGAAUAAAAGCGAAAAAAAAAAAAAAAAAAAAACAUAAAAUAAAGCAAAAAUCAUGCAAAAGGAUCGAAACAGAAACAGGAGUGGAGAGAAGAGAAGAGCAAAACGAAUGCUGAUUUAGCGAAUGUUUUUUCACAUUUGUGCUAUGAACUGAGGCCCCCAACACUAACGUAACGUAACUAAACGAACGAAAGAUCGAAUGAGAAAUUUAUAAAUGAAUGGAAUAAAACUAUGAAUAUGAACUACAUUACAUACAUACAUACAUAGCAAACAUAUGUACUAUAUAUGUAAACAACUCACGAGAGAACUAAACCUAAAGCGUAGGAACUGUUAUACCUAUUACGGACUAUUAUUAUUAUUAUUAUUAUUAUUACUACUAUUAUUAUUGUGCAUUCUUAUGCCUCUUAUUUUGAUGCAAUACCCCUGCCAUGGCAGGGCAGGGCAGGCGGUUUUGGCAUGCGAACAAAUUAGACUAAAGAGCAGACGACAGGAAACGGAUAUAGGAAUAGAUAACCCGUAACAUCA